UAAUGUCUUCGAUGGCAAUAAUAGCGGUUAAGAGAUGUCAUACAGGAGUGGCCACCGAUGAAGAAGUGAAAGAACUAAAGACAGCUGAAGACAGAAAUCGAUACAUUUCGCGAUACUUUAUAAAACUUCAUAUUUUCCACUUAAUCGCAUUGAUUUGUGGAUCAGUUAUAAUGGUGUUUGCGUUCGUAGACGUGAGUCCGCACACUGACGAUGAUAUCAACUUUGCCUUUCAUUUCAUAUCAGUGUUUGUGAUCGCAAUAAUAGGCGUAUUGACACUCUAUGGGUGUUUCAUCGCGUAUUCCAAGCCCUGCACGACAUCACUGGACAGCAAGUGUUGCGAAGUAAUAGCGGCGCCCAAACUCUUCUCCAACUCGGAUCGGAAGCACAUCUCGGCGUUCACUGAAAGCGAUCACUCAAUGAUUGCGGUCAUUGUGUUGGACGUUAUGACAGCACUUCUUCUGCUCACAACUUCGUUGCUAUACUUCAAAGACAUCCGAAACGAAGCAAAACUAUCCGGUUAUUUGUCUAAAGUCCAUAACAGCAACUAUUUAACCCCGUAUUAGGUAUUCGUGUUUGAAUUCAAUGUAUUAAAUGCCGG